AGAGCGAAGUCCAUGCUGGUACAGCUUACAGUGGGAAGUUGCAGGCUUACAGGCAGCGGGGGCUGCCAUAAAACUGAGGUUUUUCUCGGGCAUCAGGAAUGUCUUCUGAGCCUGCUGCAUCUGCCUCGGAGCAGUCCCCCUCCUCUCUGCACUCGUCCAGUUCUCUCCAUCUGCCUGAAAGCCGCAGGACGAGAGAUCGCUCCCCAUCUCCCAUGAGGGGGUACCUCAUCCCCAGCCCCCUGCCCACGCGGCGCACCAGGACGUAUUCAGCAACUGUGAGAGCAUCAGAGGGUCCCAUCUACAAAGGCGUCUGUAAAUGUUUCUGUCGCUCUAAAGGCCAUGGCUUCAUUUCCCCUGCAGAUGGAGGGCCUGACAUCUUCGUACACAUUUCUGACAUCGAAGGCGAGUACGUCCCUGUGUCAGGGGACGAGGUCACCUACAAGGUGUGCACCAUCCCACCAAAGAACGAGAAGCUUCAGGCCGUGGAGGUGGUCAUCACCCACCUGGCCCCAGGCACCAAGCACGAGACCUGGUCGGGACAUGUCAUCAGCUCCUGAAGUUGCCCAGGGGAUGCUGUGUGCGUGGGUCACUGCUCAGCGCCUGCCAUCAGGGAACCUGACCUAAGAAUAGUCUGCAAAUGGUGCGGGAGGAAAUACUGCAUUGUCAAUAAAAGCAGAAGUAGGCCAAAAUUACCAUCUUUACAGCAGGCCUGAUUUAACAAAGGAGAAAAAAAAGGCAAUCCAGAUGCUAAUGAAAUGAAAAAUUAUGUCUUUAUUAAUGUGUUUACAAAAAUGUAUUUUAUAGAGAUGUAGUUUGUGUGCUUUGAGGGGUUGGAUUUUUUUUUUUCCUUUAUUUUGAACCAAUUCCAGUCCCUCAGGGGACUCGGGGAGCCUUGAAGGAGAGCCCUUGCAGCACAGCCAGCUGUAGCAGAUGCACAGGUGCAAGGCCCCGUGGGUGCAUGAGCACUGUGGUCCCUUGAGCUGUGCUUCUGCAGGUGUCAGAGUACACUUACUGCUGGUAGCAGUGCCUCACUGCCUUGACAUGAAAGUGAGCAAGCUGCUUCGUGCUGCAAUUUGUUUUCCUUGUGGAAGAAAGAUCACAAACUGCUGCACAGUGGAAAAUCUCCAUCUGGUGGUUAUGCUCUGAUGGCCUUCAGGUGCAGCAUUUGCAAACAUGUCUGUGUAUGUGUGGAAUAUUGUGUGUUUUUUCUAAAAAAAAAGCCUGGAUUGUUCAUGAAUUUACUUUGGUGCCUUGAUGGUUGAUUAGCAACAGAUUUUAUAGGCCAGUAUUACUUAAAAAAAAAUAAAAUAAAAAUUGCUUCAAGGUAAGUGGGUAGAAAGCUGUAGAGUAGCUUCAAAGCUUCUGGCUGUGUCUGAAUUGAGACUACCUUCUUGACUGCAUAUAGCUGAUAAAUGUCUGCUGUGGUGUUUCACUGGCAGGCAGGCGAAGUAACUUCUGAAAAGCAGGUUGGGUGCUGUUGAGCUCACUGUGUACUGAAGUACUGUGAGGGUUACUUAGUAGACUCGCCUCUGGGUGGAGUAGAUUCUGCAGCUGUGUUUUUUAGAAGACUUUCUUGAUAGGCUGUGCUCUGGCCACCCUUGCCUCAGCUCUCUUCUCUGCCUGCGAGGUUGCAUAUAGUUGAAGUAAUGUGACUAUGCUGUUCCCGUUUGCCUUCCGUACCCUUUUUCAAAUGAGGCAUUUUUUCCUCUUUUCUUUCCUAACAGUGGAUUUUUAUUGACUUUGCACUUAAAAAAGAAUAAAAAUAGAAAAAGAUUGCA